AACCCGACAGGAGCUCAAAUCCUCCGUCCUGCUGCUUUUCUCCACAUUUACUUUAUUUUCCAAACCCGCUACUGGAGCCGAACCUGCCGGACCCUCUGGACCCCCUGCAGAGCCACAGUGAGCUUCAGCCGGCUGCUGGCUGUGCAGUGAACCAGAUCAAUCCUGCCUUCAGAUCCUCCUCAGCAGACCGCUGCUUGACCUGUUCCAUGGCCACCAGUCCCAGUGGCACCCCAGAAACCCGCAUGGCGGCCCAGCAGCAGCCGGAGGAGCCAACCAGCUCACAGCCAGACGGAGAGGCCGCCGGCCCUCAGCCGGCCACUGAAGAGCAGCAGAUCUCAGAUGCUCCAGAUGACCGGCCAAUCGAAAGAGAGAAAUCAGUCGACCACCUGACAGUAAUCAGUGAGAUCACAGAGACCAGUAACGGCGUUGCUCCUGUCAUGGCUGAAACAUCGCCCACAGUGUCCUCUGUGUCGCCCAAGUUUCACCCUAAGCCAGGCAGCCACAUUAAUGGCCGGCCUUGCUUGGGCAGCCGGUCCGGCUCGUUGGCGGCGGGCUCACCGAGGCCCUCGCUCACCCGCCAGCCCAGUGCCAUCACAGAGGUCACUGGGGACGGAUCGAAACCCAGAGACUACCUGAUCCUGGCCAUCCUGUCCUGCUUCUGCCCCUUGGUGCCCAUCAACAUCGUCGCCCUCACGUUCUCCGUGAUGUCUCGGAACAGUCUGCAGCAGGGCAACGUGGACGGAGCCCGCCGUUUGGGUCGCAACGCCUUGGUGCUGUCCGUCGUCUCCAUUUUAGGGGGAAUCGCCAUCAUCGCUGCAGCCAUCGCCUUCAACUGGGGACGGAUCUUAAAAUCCUGAUGUGUCUUCAGGACCAGAUGCAGACCAACGUGGCGCUGUCUUGUCUCUGAAGCACUAUCGUUCCCAUCCACCUUCACCAGAUGGAAAACCUAUCGUACUUCUGUUCCAGCUUGUGGUUUUAUUUCUGCACGACGAUGAGCAUGAUCUGCCUGAUACUCUACCUCCACACAACCAGCCAACUCUGUCCCAAUGCUGACAACAGACGGACGCUCUGCUUCGGUCCCUCCGCCCUGGAAUCAGACGUUUGUCUCUGUGGAAGAGGGAUUGUUGGUGUUGAAUCUGGACCUGCUGGACCUGCUGGACCUGCUGGACCUGUUGGACCUGCUGGACCUGCUGGACCUGCUGGACCUGCUGGACCUGUUGGACCUGUUGGACCUGCUGGACCUGCUGGACCUGCUGGACCUGUUGGACCUGUUGGACCUGUUGGACCUGCUGGACCUGCUGGACCUGCUGGACCUGUUGGACCUGUUGGACCUGCUGGACCUGCUGGACCUGUUGGACCUGCUGGACCUGCUGGACCUCAUGUUCUGAUGCUAAAAUGGUCUAAGCUGUUGUAAAACUGGGAGAUGCUGCUGCUCUGAAACUUUGAACUGGGGAUGAAUCAAGAUUUUCACUAUGAAGGCGGGAAAGAAACGGACAACAAGGUCAUGGGGAACAAACUUUUCCACGUUCCUGUGACCCAAACGUCAGUUUUCUUCAGCCACUGCGUCCAGAGCCGACUCAUGAUUCAGUUCUAGACUUCAUCAGGCAGAGUUAGACUCCGCCUUCCCACAUACUUCAUCAAAGCUGAGCAGUCAAUGCGCCGCCGCCACGCAGCUGCAGAUCGUUCAUAAUCACACACACCUGAGAAAAACCUUCCCGCUUCAGUAAGCAGUUAGGAUGAAGUCUGAGGGAUCCUUAGAGGAGCUGCAGGUUCCUCUGACCUGGACGCCUCCAGCUGCAGGUUCCAGGCCUCCGUGGCCACAGCCAGGAGGACCAGGGUGUCCCAGGUCAGUCCUCUGGGGCCGGCGCCCUGUAAGCUCUUCCCCUGGUCCAACACACCUGGAUGGUUCUUCAGCAGAACUUUGUCAUGCCAGGAUGUUGAAGCAGGAAGAGAACUAAACAUGCAGGAACUGGACCAGGAGGACUGGCUCUGCUGUGGAUCGACUAGAUUUACCGUCUGGAUCUGGAAGAAAUCCUGCAGCGACUAGACCUGCUCUUAUAGGUGAGAGGAAGAGGAAGGCUCUUCAUCAGUCAUCAGAAAAGUUCAGCUGGAAAGUUUGAUUGAAUCCUGCGAAAGCAGCAGAUGUCAGAUGAAGCCGAGAAGGCCUGGUGUCCUGACGUCAGGUUCACUUCCGAAUGACUGGUGAAGGUCGACCUCUGAGACCGAUCCCGGGUCAGCCCCUCAGACACUCUUAAUGAUCCUGUCUGAUCUGACCGCAGCGCCUCCGCUUACUGGACCUGAACCGAUGCCUCGCAUCACAUUAUUCCCAGUCAUUCCCGGGAUUUCUAUUCACUCGGGAGCUAAGGUUACGUUUACUCGGCACCUCUGGCUCUGACCAGAGUGGAUCGGAUUUUCCUCUUGGGGGAAGCAGUCGGUCUCUGAGCUUCAGCUCAUCUCAGAAACCCUGAGCUGGACCAGAACCCGGCCUGUUGUCCAGGAAACCUGCUGCUCAGUCCAAACCCGUCCUUUGUGGUUUUCAUUUCCGUUUGCAUCACAAUUUAGUAAAAGAAAUUAAAUAAAAUGUUAAGUUUCUGUUUAUUCGGCUCCAACUCCCAAUUAAAAGUUUAAAGUUUAUUUUACAGGUGGAAAAAUGAAUCACUAGUUACACUUUAUGAGGAUUUUUAAUUCAAAUCAUUUCUAUAAAAACUGGUCAUGAAGAGUCCUGGAGUUUCUGGACCUGAAACAGGAAGUUCAUAUCGGAGGAGGGAACAUGUAUACUAAUGUGCUAAUAGCAGAGCUAAUUCUUUGUUUUGCACUUUAGCGGUUUUCUAAACUUGACACACUGACAUGCUUUAGCUGCGCUAACGUUUAGCAUUAGCACUACAAACAUGUUAGCUAUCGGUGCCGACCACUGGCCACUGAACGGACAGGAACGGUGGCUGAACGCUGGACGUUUGGGUCCUGAAGGCACAUCUUCAGUUUUUCUGCUCCCUCCAGGGUCGGCAGCUGUUAGCGGUUCUUCUGAAAGGUUCUGAUGAUGCUGCAGCCCUGCAAGGCUUCUGGUGCCAAACUCUGAAGAAAAAUCUCUUCAUUUAAUAAUUCUGCAUGAUCACUACUGUGACUGGAUUCAUGUUAUUCACUGUAAAUUGUUCUUGCACACCAACGUUGCCACAUUGCUAAUGGACUCCUGUUUGGACUAAACCCAGAUGAACUUCGCUGUAACAGAACCAGAAUCUCGUAUCAGCUGUGCAUGUUUACACUUAUUCCUGAACGUUUUCACCUUCAGCUGAACCUUCGCUCAGCAGCAGAGGAAACUCUGUCCUGCAGAUGGUUGAGCUCAGGCUCUUCUGGUUUCUUUGCUCCUUCCCAGGAACCUGCAGGUUUGGUCCAUUAGACCAGAACCUACUGUUGGUCCAAUCUGAAGAUGAUCAGAACCAUCAUGUCACAUUUGGACGUCUCCAGUCUCCUUGUUCAUGGCUCGACCCGCUCCCCUCCGGUUCUGAUUGUAGCAUGCCUCUUUAUUAACCACAUUAUGCAAGUGAGAUGUAGAAAGUGAAGUGGCCUCGGUGUGAACGCUUUGGGUUCUGGGUUCUGUUUUGGUUCCUCAUUUUGGAACCUGACUGUUGGAACUCUUGUGCUUCUCUUUGCUGCUUGUAUGCUAACUUUGUGCUAACAUUAAGCUAACAUUAAGCUGACAUUAAGCUAGCAUUGGGCUAACAUUAAGCUAACAUGAAGCUAACAUUGUGCUAACAUUAAGCUGACAUUAAGCUAACAUUGUGCUAACAUUAAGCUAACAUGAAGCUAACAUUGUGCUAACAUUAAGCUGACAUUAAGCUAACAUUGUGCUAACAUUAAGCUAACAUUAAGCUAACAUUGUGCUAACAUUAAGCUAACAUUAAGCUAACAUUGUGCUAACAUUAAGCUAACAUUGUGACUGUAACAUGAACACCUCCUAUCUGCUGGCACAAGAUGUGUAAAUAGAGAAACUGUUUUUAUUUUAACAGAAAAGUUUCUUCCAUUAGAUGUUUUUAUUUCUGGGGAAUGAAAAGUCCAGGAUAAUCUUUUAGGAACCAAGAGUCGGAUUUCUCUGUAACUUUUUAACUAGCCUGCCGUCUGUCAGUUAUCAUUUGGUAAGGUCUCAAAACAGUUUGGCCUUGAACUAGGCCAUUGCUAAUAAGCUUUGGCUCUGAUUGGUUGGUAACUUGCCCAGAGUCUGACUGACUCUGUUAGAGUUCUGCAGUCAGUCCUGGUUCUGAAACCUGAUGGACUCCAACCACAACAAACUAAUCCAGUGGAAAAAUGUGGGGGGUUGAAAUGAACCGACAGGCGAUGCUGAGCUGAGUGAAACUAAAAGUUCUGUUUCGAAUCUGAACUAAAGGUCCAAACCUGCUGAAGGACUUUUCAUUUCUGUCGAUUGAUGCUGAAUCGAUCCUGUUUGAGUUGAAUCUGUAUUUCAGUAUUUCUAUCCUUUUUGUAUUUAAUCUUCUGCUUUCAGUUCCAGCAUGAAGCUCCAUCACCGACGCUGUCCGAGUCUCUGCAUGCCUUAAACUGAUGGAUGAAUGAGUGAAUGGUGCUGAUGUCUUCACUCUGAUGACGUCUGAGGAGAAUAAAUCCUUCUGCCUCGUU